GCCGUCAGUUGAAGGCUUGUUUUUGGAGAAAGUGAACGUUUUAGUAUAACGUUAGCUAGAUAGCAAGCUACAUGCUUAUUUUGUCAAAUAAUAACAGUAUUUGUUACUUAAUAGCUUGUGGGGCGUGAUUUAGCCAUUUCUAAAGGUUGCCAUAAGAUGUUGUCCUCCCGUAUUUCCAGCUGGGAUGUGCCACGGUGGAACUAGAAUGAUGUUAGUGGACACAAUGCUAGCCCGGCAACAUGGACCACAGGAGGCCUUUGGUGUUAUGGAGAAGAUGCCACAGGGCAGGAAUUAUCAGUGUGUCACAUGCUUGAAAUGUUUUUCCGCCCCAUCCAAGCUACAGAGGCACAUCCUUUCACACACAGGACAACGACCAUUUGGGUGUCACCUCUGUGAAAAGGCAUUUCGGCAACUAGCACACCUGAAACUCCAUCUUAACACACAUCUUUAUCCAAAACGAACUGAACAGAAGAAGAUGAAUGUAAAGUCUAGCUUGCAUCCAAGUGGAUAUGAAAAUACCCCUCCUGUAAAGAUAGACAACUCAAAAGCAUGUUUGCAGACAGGCUCCUUGGACCCAGUCGGUGCAGAGGACACAUUGGAGGUAGACAUCAGGCCUACUGGACCUGUCUACAUAAUUGAGGAAAACUCUCUCUGUUCCCCUCGCUGUAUCGCUGAACUAUAUCCCCCACACUCUGAGGUCGAGAGGUUUAAGAAGCAGCACACAGAAGAGGAGCCAAUUAGGAACCACGAUGACUGGAGUGAACCUGAGAAACAGACACUGGAUGAGGAUAAAUCCUCCAGAGAUGAAACAGUGGAUAAACAUACAAAAAUAAUUGAGAAUUCAAACUCUCAUAAAUGCCCUGAGUGCUUUAAGUGCUUCAGCGCCCCGUCCAAAUUAAAGAGGCACUGCCUGAUUCACACAGGCCAGAAACCAUUUCAGUGCUACCUAUGCCGGCGUGCUUUUAGGCAGUUGGCCCAUCUUAAGGUACACUACAGCAUUCACUCAGGGGUCGCGAAGUCUAGAAGUCUCAAAUCUUUCUCUCAACCCCAGAGGUCAAAAACCUGGCCAAGGAACUAUCCAUGUAACAUUUGUGGCAGGAGAUUUAAACAGAAGAGACAUUUGAUAGUUCACCAGCAAACUCAUCAAGGUCCAGAUACUGCUGUGCACCCUGAUAAGUUAGAUAAUACGAGUAAGGCCUGCCUUCCAACUCACACUGACCAUGCUUCCCAAGUAGAUUUCUCAAACUCUGAAAAUGCUAUAGCGUACAAUACAGAGCUGAAUGAAAAGAGUCAGAUACCUGUUGUUGAAGGUUUAGACAUCUUAUCUGAAGAAUGGCAUAACAGUGCAAAGCCUGCGUCACAGGACAUUGACCUCACUCGCUCCUCAGACAGAAACAAUAAGUCAUCUGUGUCUCAUCGCUCUGACCGUACAAACACAGGUAAGGUAAGGGAAAAUCAGUGCAUGCUGUGCCUAAAGAAGUUUGACUAUCCCUCCAAACUCUCCCGACAUCUAUUGGUCCACAUGGACAUCAAGCCGUUCGGAUGCACCGUCUGUAGUAAGUCUUUCAGACAGCUCUGCCACUUACAGAAUCACAUGAAGGCGCAACACGUAAAAAGCGACAAUGUUUUGAAAAGUGUAGAAGAUGCUCCCGACCAACCAGGUGUUAUUCUAUUAAAGGACAAGUCUGUUUCUGAGAUGAGGAGAAAUCAAAGUGAACAUUUAGACCAAGUUUCUCAACCUCAGGAAGGCAGCAGAGACAUCAGUGAAGUUGGUUGUUUUCUAAGCCAGUAUGUUCUACCUGUCAGACCUACCUUAAGUCAUUGCUCCACUGACAGUCUCUACAACUAUGGUGCUCAACAACCUACAUGGAACCCCAGUGGGAAGCUGCUACCUGGAUUGGACUGUGAUACAGUAAACAGGAAGUCUGCAGAGCAGCCUGUGUCUCUCAGACAAAUGCAUAACACAGACUACACAAAUACCAGUGAUGUGUUGGAAAGCACACCAACACACCAAUCACUGGUAGGCAUAUCUAAACAAAGGAGUUGCAUCUUUCAAAACAAACCCACAAUCCAUGGCAGAGGGCGUUAUAGUUGCCCAAUUUGUUCAAAGCGCUUUGAUGCUCCAUCCAAGCUACAGCGGCAUUCCCUGAUCCAUACAGGACAGAGGUCCUAUCAGUGCCCCACUUGUCUCAAGACAUUUAGACAAAAAGCUCAUCUGAAGGUGCACCAGUCUGUUCAUGAACAAAGAAAAGAGGCUAAACCCUCUACUAGUCAUAGUGAAGACCGAGAAACCAAGUCUUUCUCAAGACCAAAAAGGACCCCAUCUCCAAAUGAAAAGGAUGUAGUCUUUUGUAAUAGGAGUCAGAAGACAUCACGUGACAGUGAUCUCUCUGCUGUCCCUCCAUCCGACUGCCCUCUGACAAACAACGUCAACAGCCCACCACCGCCAUCUGUUGCACCUAGGAAAUUGGGGGGGUACCAGUGCAUGGCCUGUCUAAAGAAGUUUGACUAUCCUUCUAAACUCUCCCGACAUCUCUUGGUCCACAUGGGCAUCAAGCCUUUCAGAUGUGCCGUCUGUAGUAAAUCCUUCAGACAGCUCUGCCACCUACAGUCUCACAUGAAGGUCCACAAUAGUAAGACCACACUGCAUGAGGAGGGUCAACAGAAGAACAUCAACUUGGCUCAUCUGGACAACAUUCCCCCUGAGGCUGGGGUUGUUUCUGAGGGACACGUCUUUGCAGCAAGUCUUCAUCCAGAUGAACCAGGCCCAAGUCAAACUUUUGGAAAUAACAUACAAAAUAGUAAUGGUGGUGAAUCCUUAUCUCACUACUGUUCAACAGAAAGCAUGAACCAAUCAACAGAAAUCAUCAGAAAGAAUGAAACAACCCCAACCCCUGAACAGUCAGAAGACAUGAAAAGCAUGAAGUCAGAAAAUAACUGCCUAGUGGAGCAGAAAUGUAUCUCGCCUCCUCAACUGACAAAGAGCACUUGGAAUAUUGCUGAAGAGAAACAUGUGGACAAGUUUCCCUCGGAUGAAUAUUAUGGACAGCAAAACCACCCCCUGAUUCCCAACUGGUUAAACCCCUAUCCAUAUCAACAAGAAACCGCAAAUAACAAACAGACAUAUCCAAUUGCUACUCACCGUAUUCCUUACCUGGAGGAACCAGGAUCCAGCCACAGUGACCAACCGGAAAUACCGGUUGAUGUGAAUCACAAGUUAAAUCUAUAUCAAUCCCCUUUAGAAUCUCCUAGCACUAAUUCACAAUAUGAAGCUAAAGAUGAGGAAAGGUUGGAGGUUGGGCUUAGGUCAGAGUUUAAUGUUACAUACAAGUCAGAACCUCCCAACGACCUUCAAAGCUGCUCAGACUGUAGUCAGUGUUUUACCACCAAGGGGAAACUGAAUCAUCACAGGUGUUCUCCAAGACAUUCAGUUGAAGAGAGGCAGGCGAGCUCAUAUCGGUGCGCUAUCUGCUUCAAAAGCUUCGAGGCUCCCUCGAAAUUGAAAAGACACUAUGUUAUUCACACAGGCCAGAGGCCAUUUCAGUGUACAGUGUGUGGAAAGGCUUUCACCCAGGCAGGCCAUUUGAAGACACACCUGCAAAUCCACAGGUAAAAGACUUGGGACAUUCACCUACUGUAUAACGACUCUAAUCACAGAUCUCCACACACUCAUAUCUUACUUAUAUUUACCAUUCUCCUCUACUCUCUAACAUUAGCUUUUUGAAUUGCAGAAUAUACCUUUUAUUAUGUAUAUUUUUCUGCCUUUCUAUUCUGUCUUAUUUUCUUGAAGUGGCUUUUAUAGAUGGUAUUAUAUGGUUUAAUGACUUUGUACUAUAUAGUAAUGUACAAGUGGUGUAUUAAUUGGUUUUAACAAUCUGCCUAUUUACAGUGUGAUAUUGCAUGUUUAUGUGUUGCCUGCAUUAUGAAUAUGUAAAUAUGACAGCAGUCGGUACUUCUGUUUCACACACAAAGUAUACACUAGUGCAAAUGUGUCUUUAAGGCAGUACUCUGGCUGGCCAUGGCAUUAUGGUGCUAGUUGGUUAUAGCUAAAAUAAAAUACAUUUUGGGUAGGUCUUGUUUUUGGAACUGAGGUAGGCAUUAUUUAUUCUGAAAAACAUUCUGAAAAAUGUUGAGGAUCUUAAGAGGAGACUACCUAAGCUGGAUCAACGCCAUCAGAUAACUUGGGAAGUCGUUUCAUUGUGACUUGCAGUACCACCUAUUCACACAAGAUGGCAUCAUGUCUAUUUGUUUUGGUUGGUUGAGAUGCGGUUGGAGAAGGAGAAGCUUCUGACUUCUAAUGACCGAUGUUAUUCGGGGGGACACUUCAGUGUGAAAUAAACGUUUUUUUUACAUGGUA